AUGUCAUCUUCUACUUGCUCUGUUGGUCCACUAGAACAGCCUCCCCCAGAUGCUACGGGACCUGCCGAUCCCCUUGAGCUUACCCCAUAUGCAAUCCGAUCUAUCAAUGUUGGAGAUGAUAUCCCUCCACCAUUACUGCAGCUUCUAUCAUUUGAAAAAAUGGUUGGUGAUCCAAAUGACAAUGACAGAUACAAACUUGUCUUGUCAGAUGGCACAUAUAUGCAAGUGGCCAUUUUGCCAACCAAGGCCAUCAUUGUAUUCACUCUUGAUGUGAAAAAAACGGAUUGCCAUUUGCUUGGCAAACCUCGAUACCUCUUCAAGGAACAGGAAGAGCAAAUGUUGGGCCGAGAAACCCCGCCACCCACUAAACGUGCUCUUAAAUUCGGUGCAGAUUUGCCUUCCCCACAAAAUGGUCCUUCUGAAAAUAUCAGCCCUAUUAAAAGCUUGAACCCUUACCAAAACAAUUGGACCAUAAAAGGCUGCGUAACAAAUAAGAGGAAGAUGCAUAAAUAUAACACGCCAAAAUGCAAUGGCCAAGUUUUUAGUUUUGAUAUUAUAGACGAAGAGGGUUGUGAAAUUAGAAUCACUUCCUUUGACAAAAUUGCUGAAUUACACUAUCAUCGAAUCGAGCAAGGAGCUUCAUAUGUUAUGUCCAAAGGUACAGUGAAAGAUGCAAACAAGGUGUACAAUAAACUUAACAGCCAGCUUGAGAUUAUCUUGACUGAAACUUCAGUUUUGAAGCGUUGUGCCCUUGAUGUUGUUGGGCCUGAUAAAAAAACCCGCUUCACCCCUAUUGAUGAACUUCUCACCACUACCAACAAUACUUUGAUUGAUGUUAUUGGUGUUGUUGUCAAUGUCGGAGAGAUCUCUGUAAUUCGUAGAAAGGAUCGCUGUGUUGUAAACAAGAGAAUAGUAAAAAUAAAUGAUAUGUCAACUUUGACAAUAGAUGUUAACCUUUGGGGCCCAUCCUCAGAACAACUAGGCAAUGACUUGAAGAAUAUGCAUACAUCUGGAACAUUUGUCAUCCUUGUUGUUCAAAAUGCAAGGGUUGGUUAUUUCAACGGAAAAGUCAUAAAUGCAUCAGCGUCCACAGCUUUUGAAAUCAACCCUUCUAUUCCUGAAGCAGAGCCCCUCCGUUUAAGAGGCCCUAUCCAACAAAGCCUUGAUCCACAUCCUUCGGCUCUCCAUUGCAAAAAUAACUAG